UCCGGAUUAUUUUAAAGCGUCCUACUGACACAGGAUAACAGGGAUUUCCCGCAAGCAGAUCCAGCGUGUUUCCGAAAUUUCCGAGAGAAUGACAGACGACAUAUCCUGUGGUACCGUGACAGUACGCUUGAUUAGAUCGUUUGAACACAGAAACAUCAAACCUGUCGUAUUCCAAGAUGUCGAUUUAACGCAAAAGACAAGAACAUUCAUGGAAUGUGUUGACAAUGAUUUGAAGACAAGGAAAGGAAUACCUCCUCCAUUCAGAACUUUUAAGUUUGAUACCAUGAAAAUUUUACAUCAAGCUCAUGGUUCAAAGACGAGUGACCCGGCCAUUAACACAGACUGUGAUGAGGAGCUGAUUCUUUCCCCCGACGUGACUUUACAGGACAGUGGCAUCAAAAACGAAACAGAAUUGUCUUAUUUCAAGAGGGAGGACUAUGAAAAAUAUAAAUUGGACCCUACAUUAAAAUGGUGAUGCCAGUGACAGGAAGAGUUAUUACCGUGUCAAUGACAAGUCCAGUUACAGGAAGUCCAUUUGGCACAGUGACACUCAAGUAACAGGAAUCCUGUUUCUAUGCCAGUUACAGGAAAUCAAGUUGCUAUGGUGAUGCCGAUAUACAGGAAAUUUGUUGCCAUGGCGACACUCCAGUUACUGGAAUGCGACUUCACAUUGCAUUGCCAGCUAAUGGAGUACAUUCUGUCUUUAACUAUGCUUCAGUACUGUAACACUAGAAUAAUUAUAAAUGAUUUACGAUUUACACUGGACAAAAAAUGCUUCCGUUUGCUGGUUGAGUCUGUUGUACGCGAACUGUGUGCUAUGUGAAUCCACAAAUGCGCUGUUGCUUUCUAUGUUGUCCUUGAUUGUCAGCACCACCUGUUUUUGCAAAAACAAAUAUUCAGUGUUUGACAUUAAUGCAUGUGGAACCUAUAUUACCAUUUUAACUACUGAAAUUUUCACUAAACAUCAAAUGAAGUUUACUAGUCCCAGGCAUUCGGCUAGUGGAAUUGUACACCUCUUGGCAGGUGAGGGGUUCCCACACCAGGCUAAGCAUACAUGCUCAUUUGUUUGGUAAGACAUAACAGCUAAUAAUGGAGAUAUUGAAUUGCUUUUGGUUUUAAAUAUCUUGUGAAAUAUAAAGUUUUGCAGUAAAAAUAAAGAUAUCUUUUUUCUACUGUGAAAAAUGGAGCUUUUUGUUAUUUUCACACUCUACCAACUAAUUAGAAUGCAGUGUCUCAUGUGAAAUGGAUUGUUGUAGACAUGUUUUGCAAUUUCAAUAGCAAUGCAACAACCUGAUUAUUGGAAAUUUUCCUAAACUUUGUUUCCAAUGAAUUAUUUUUCCUGUUAUUUAUAUUUGUAUAAGAAACAAAUACCAUAUUUGUUUCUUGUAUUUUCCAGAAUUUUCAUGACAUUGACAAAUGAUAUGUUAUUGAUUCAGAAAUAAAUAAUUCUUUUUGUC